AUGGGGCGCGCAACUCACGCCUCCUGCACUGUCGCUAUAGCUGCGAUGACAGCUCUCGUGCAUCUUUCUUUGCUGCCUGCUUUUGCUGUUUCCUCCGGCAUAAAGCCCAUUAUUGGAAUGGAAGGCAGCUCACGUAGCUCUCUCUUUGAGGAGCAGCAGCUCACCCGUGCUGCGCCCUCCGAAGGAGCAAGCCUCGCGGCUUCUUCUUAUUUGUUGCCGCAGGCUGUAAGGCGUCGGAGGACAACCACUGCAAUCUUCCCCGCCUUGACGAACUUGGCUUUGUUGCUUUCUGUCGCGGCCAUAGUAUUUCUAGCGAUCAGGUGCUCCCGAAUCGUGCAAAACUCCCUGCACUCCUCCUCCGGGGGGUCGCUCAGUCGCUCCCUCGCUGCUGAAGAUUCGGUUUGUGCGGCAGGAGGCGAUUCAGAGGCCUCUGGCUCUUCUAGUGGGGAAAGUUUGGAUAUUGCUGGGGCAGGGGCGGCCGCUGCCGGUACAACAAGAGGGCGUCGCCGUGACCAUCCACUGACGAAACAGGCGCAAAUUUUGACUCUUUCAGAUGGGGAUAAGAAGGGGAUGACAGAAGAGGAAAUGAAGUUGGUUGAUGAAGCUCUCAAGGUCCUGCUGGGUAGCAGGGAAAAGGUUGAGUCGCGCAGGAGGCGGAAAGAAGAGGCGCUGAAGCUAUUGAAGGAAGCAGAAGGGGAAGCAGGAAGUCUAGGGGAGUCUACGACGCGUCAUUCUGCGGACAUUGUCGUGCAAGAGGCUGUGAAUUGGCUUUUGGGGACUCGGCAGAAGGACUACAUAAAGGCAUCCCAGUCGGCCACGCAGGCGGAGGAGGAAUUAGCUGGCAUGCAGUUUACUGUGCCGCAGGAUAGAGCAGCGCUUAUUAUCCUUGGAGAGUCAUUUGGGGGGCGUAACAUUAGCCCUUUAGGCGCUCGGGCGGUUGCUGCGGCGAGGAGUGUGCUAGGGAUGAACAGCCGCAAGGGGGAAUCGCCUUCCCUAACGGAUGUGGAUGUGGGGAGAGCUAUGCAGUUAUGCUUGUGGUAUCAGGCGUUGUUGGGGGCCCAGGAGGCUCGGCAUAGACGGGGGGGGGGCCACCGAAAUCCAGAUCCUUCGGUGAUGGAUCUCCUCAAAAAGGUCAGCGUCUUGACUGAGAUGCUAGGCAACAGUGGCAUGUCCACGGCGGCGGAAAUGUUGGCACAAGCUCAAGAGAGCGCGCAGGCGGCCUUAUGGAGCGCCUUCUGGCCCGGAGGGGAGCCAGUAAAAGCAGGAGGAGAUGCAGCGAAAAAGAGAAGGCCCACGCUUCGAAAGGCCGUCUCCUUAACGACACCUUCCCCACCACCUGGCCCCCCCCCAAGGUCCUUCUCCGCCCGUGCGGUGGGUGAGAAUCCGCACGUGGGUCCAAAGAACGGGACGAGACGGCCUGUUGCGGUCCCGGUGGGCGGACAGUCUAUUCACUUCUCGGGGCCCGCUGGUACUGGAGGGGGCACUGACCGGCGGGGGCGGCCCGCGGCAGAGGAAGCAAAAGCACAGACUGCCGUCCCUCCCCUCCCUCCGAAGCGUGGUGCGAAGAAGACAGAGGAGAGGGGAAAGGCAGCGGGGUUGCAGGAAGGCCAGGGGCGUUUGCCUGGCGCAGCAGCAGAAGGCAGAACCAUCCCUCCUCCCAUUCCUCCCAAAGGUGCGGAAAAGCCAAGCAAGCAGCGAGGCAAGGCGGGGGAGCAGCCAAGCCAGGCGAGUUCGCCCGACACGCCAGCAGCCUCAGCAGCAUCAGCAGCGGCAGCAGACGUUACUGAUGGUGGCAUGGAUGGUACUGCUCGGGCUGAAGGAUUCGUGGAUAGCGGGCAUAGGGAGGCCGUGAAGUUGUUAGACGCCACAAUGGGGUCGAUAGUUGACCAUAUUGACUUCCAGACGACUAAUCUGCUAGGGUUGUGCGCGGGAGGCACGAGUGAAAGUAACUUGGGGAGAGCAGAUACUGCGCUGCGGCGAGCAGGGCUGCUUUUAGGAUCGGCGAGAUCGAUCCGCCCGCACCAGGCUUUGAGCACCGGCAUGAAGGAUUCCUUCUUUGAUGCUGUACGAAGGCUUUCCGAUGCUUGUGGCGCUGCGCUGGGGCUGUUGGGAGAUACUUGGAGAAAGAGGAUGGACGACCACGCCAGACAACUUCGCAAAAAGAUGGAGGAGUUGGAGGACAUGCUGAGAGGGCCCACCCCCGUGAAUCCUCCAGCCUCAGAUGAUCCUCUCCUUUUGAAGAUCUUGGAAGUACAUACAGGUUCCCAAGCGGCAUCGAGACAUGCCACGAAUGCACAGCGUGUUUGCUCCGCGGUUACAGAGGUGCCGCAGAGAGUUAGUGAGGGACUUUCAGGCCUACAGCAACAGGCGGAGAGUGCCCAAGAAGCUGCCAAGCAAGCUGGAGAUACCUGCGCCCACCGAUGGAUUGGUUGGCUUAUACAAGGGGGGCAUGAGUUCGAUAAUUCUCCGCGAACUCGCGGGUCUACUGAAGAGUGGGAGGAGGGACGCAGAAAGCAACUCGGUUCCCUCCUCGACCGCGCAGACGAAGUAGGACGACUGCUUUACGGCGUCUGCGGCUCCUCCGCCUCGGUUACGGUGCUGUUUGAAGUCGUGGGUCAAGGCAGGGACAAAGUGACUAACUGCGGAAAGGAGGAUGGGGGGGGGGAGGGGGAGGAGGCGCAAAAGCAACAGCAGUAG